AUGACUGGCUUAUCCUCCACCGAUCCCUUGGCCGCGAGGGAUGCUUCCACACUUCGCAGUCUCUCAGAUACACCCACCACGCAUGAAAUGGACGACAGUCCAACUGUUCCUUUACUUCAGGACUAUCAAAGAAGUUCUAUAUCCAGCGAGCAGUCGGUGCGCCAAGACAUCACCGAUAAUGAAGCUGGAAAAAGAACAUUGGCUAAAAUUGACCGUACCAUUAUUCCUCUUUUGUUCAUAACAUACAUGUUCAAUUUCAUGGACAAGGUCAUAUUGUCUAGUGCAGCUGUAUUCGGGUUGAUAGAAGACACUCAUCUCAAAGGCCAACAGUACAGCUGGGUAGGAAGCGUCUUCUACCUAGGCUAUCUACUUUGGACUUAUCCAACUACCAUUCUUGUUGCAAGCCUCCCCAUUGGAAAGUAUCUUACGGCCAAUACGAUAUUCUGGGGCUUGGUCGUCGCUUUCACUGCCGCGUGUCAGAACUUUGGCGGUCUCUUGUUCAUGCGGUUCUUCCUUGGCAUUGCCGAAGCGACGAUAACACCAGGCUUCAUGUUCCUUACUUCAUCAUGGUACACACGCGAUGAGAUGCCGACCCGUGUGGGAAUCUGGUUCUCGGGCAACUCUGUCGGGGGACUAGUCGCGAGUUUGCUCGCUUUCGGAGUAAGCCAUAUUGACAGCACGACAAUACGACCUUGGAGAUGGAUGUAUGUGAUAUUAGGCAGUAUGACCUUUCUAUGGUCUGUGCCCUUGUUCUUCCUCCUUCCUGACAACAUAUCAAAAGCCACCUUUCUCUCACCGGAAGAGCGAAAGAUUACAGCGCAGCGUGUGUCUACUUCUGGUACUGGUAAAACCGAGGGUGCGCGCUGGAGGUGGAACCAAGUGCACGAGUGCUUGGUCGAUCCCAAGUCCUGGUUCAUCAUUGGAAUUGAACUAUUCACUCAAAUUCCAAAUGGUGGCUCUCAAAGCUUUGCCAAUAUUGUUGUGGCAUCUUUUGGGUUCACUAACUUGCAGUCUACAUUAAUCAACAUACCGUACUCGCUUCUUUCAGCUGGGAUAAUUGCAGGAAGUGGCUAUUUGGCUGGUCGCUUCCGCACCCUGAAUUGUCUCCUCAUCAUUGCAGUAAUACUACCGUGUGUUGUCGGCAGUGCCCUCAUUUACAAACGGAGCCAUGUACCCCAAAGCCUGCAUCUAUUUGCGUACUUUCUCCUUUCAACCGGAUCUGCCGCAAUGCCUCUCAAUAUGGCCCUUGUACAGUCCAACUAUAGAGGAGUCACCAAGAAGAUGACUAUAACAGCCAUGUUGUUUGUCACGUACUGCCUAGGAAACAUGGCCGGACCACAUUUCUUUCUCAGGUCCGAGGACCCGCUGUACGAAACUGCGUUCAAGGCGAUCACGGUUUGCUACACUUUGGCUAUAAUUUGCGCUACGGGUUUGAGAGUUUAUCUCAAACGGUUGAAUGCAAGUCGUACACAAGAAGAGGGUAUUGUGGGAAGUGCUGGCUCAGGAGGGUUCGCAAGAGAGAGCGCUGGGGAAGAGAGUAGUGAUCCAACAGCAAAUUCGGAGGAUUCAACGGACUGGCAGGUUGUUGGAUUCAGGUAUAGACUGUAG